AUGGGAAAAGACUAUUAUUCGAUUCUAGGAGUGGCCCGAAAUGCCAACGAGAAGGAAAUUAAAUCUGCCUAUCGUAAGCUCGCACUUAAAUGGCAUCCCGAUCGAAAUCCAGACAACAAGACCAUGGCUGAAGAAAAGUUUAAAGAAAUUGCGGAGGCCUAUGAAGUUUUAAGCGAUAGCAAUAAGAGAGCAAUUUAUGACCAAUACGGAGAAGAGGGAUUGAAAGGAGGUAUUCCAAGUAGUGGAGCCUCAGGAGGUUUUACUACAGGUGGAGCAUCGUUCCACUUUUCAAAUCCUGAAGAUAUAUUCAGACAAUUCUUUGGAGCACGAAGUCCUUUCGAUUCAAUGUUCAAUAUGGGAGGUUUUGAGGAUGGAGACGAUUUCGGAACAUCAUUCUCGUUUGGUCCAAGAUCAUCCUUCUUCCAGUCAACUCAACAACGAGGUCCUCGUAAAGCACCAGACGUGGUCCAAAAGGUUGCUUGUUCACUUGAAGACUUAUACAAAGGAAAAACAAAGAGGAUAAAGAUCACCAAGUCAAUGUUAAAUCCGGAUGGACAAACCACACGAAAGGAGUCUAAGAUUUUAACAUUCCCAAUCAAGAGAGGUUUCAAAAAGGGAACCAAAAUUAGAUUUGAAAACGAAGGAGAUCAAGCUCCUGGUAUUGUCCCAGCAGAUGUCGUGUUUGAAAUUGAUGAAUUACCACAUAGCACCUUCCAAAGAGAUGGAAAUAACUUAAUUUACUCCCCAAGUAUUUCACUAAAAGAAGCGCUUUCUGGAACUGUAAUAGAAGUUAAGACUCUUGACGAUCGAAUGCUAAGGAUACCUAUUAAUGAUAUUGUAGAACCUGGAUACACAAAGAUUGUUUCUGGUGAGGGAAUGCCACUUUCAAAAGAUCCAGAUCAAAAGGGUGACCUAAUUAUUAAGCCCAACAUCAUAUUCCCUAGAUAUCUCAGCAACCAGCAAAAGGAAGCUUUGAAGAAAAUACUGCCAUAA